AUGUCUAAGUCUUUCGCCAACUCCCCGGCCAAGAAGCAAAAGCCCGCUGAGGAGACUGCAGUCGGCGGUGGCGGCGGUGAUCUCGGCGGUUUCACAACCGUGGGUUUGAGGAAAGGCAUCCAGGUCCUUGAGGACAACCAGGGGGCCAUGGCGUUGGUGCAGAACCCUCUCAGCUCAGGUCGCACGAAACACAUCGACGUGCGGUUUCAUUUCAUCCGCGGAUUGUUUAGGUCGGGGGAAAUUUCGGUCAAGUUUGUCCCGACAACGGAGCAACACGCGGACCUCCUCACCAAGGCCCUUAGCAGGGCCAGUCUGCAGUAUCACCGGCGCAAGCUGAUGAAUUUGCCGGAGUAGCUGUAGCAGUUUCUAGCACUUGGGAGAGGCCAUGUUUUCCAUGCGGGGAAAGGCGCAUAACUGUUGCGGUCUGUGUACCAAUGGCAGGAGUAGGGGGCGUUGGGAGACCAUCGUCCGGGGGAACGUAGUUCCUCGCGUUCUUGUCUUCGCCUUGGCCUUUCUAAUAAGUGCGGCCGUUGUGAUCCGCUGUGACAGCGACGGGGUUUUUUGUGGUGGUGGGAUUUCCCUUGAGGGAUUUUGCCC